GAAUUGAAUUAAUGAAGGACCCAUGACACUUGGUGGAAGGCCCUCAAACUGAGCUAAGGUCGACAGUCAGUCAUGACUCACGUUCCACCUGUUCAUGACCAUCCCUAUAAAGCAUAACUGAUCAUUAUCAAUGAACCGAAAACUUCCACGGAACUGAGGUUGUUUUGAAUGAAACGUGGAAAACGGAAACAAACGCAAACAACAGAUUCCCGACUGGUGUCAUUAUGGAAUUAGCAAAGUCUGUGGAGCAGGAACUGCGCCGUCCCAGUAAAAGCGGCCGGACCGCGGGGUAGGAUAGCGAGGAGCGACUGAAGAGCGACUGAAGAGCAGAGUCCAGGCAGACUGUCGUAUAGCAUCAGCAGCGACACCAUGUCCCACGAAGAGGACGUGCCGGAGGUGCAGCUGUUCCACGGCACCGUGGUCCACUCCACGGCCAGCAGUGCGGCCGACGUGCUGCCCGAGCACGUGCUGGUGGUGCGCCGCGGCCGGGUGGAGCGGCUGGUGCCGGCGCGCCAGCUGUCCGACCAGCUGCAGCGGCUCGGGGGCACCGCCGAGGACGUGGUGCACCUGGAAGCCGACCAGCUGCUGCUGCCCGGGCUGGUGGACGCCCACAUACACCCGUGCCAGUACCCGAACGCCGGCCUGGCGCUCGACCUGCCGCUGCUCGAGUGGCUCCAGCGCUACACGUUCCCGCUGGAGGCGCGCUUCCGAGACGAGGAGUUCGCCGCUGGCGUGUACGAGACGGUGGUCGAGCGCACCCUGAGGAACGGCACCACGUGUGCUUCCUACUUUGCCUCGAUCCAUCGGCCGGCCACCGAGCGGCUGGCAGACAUUUGCCGCCGGAGAGGACAGCGCGCCCUCGUCGGCAAGACGUGCAUGGAUAUGAACUCGCCGGCCGACUACUGCGAGAAUACCGACGAGAGUCUCCAGGAGACGGCGGCGUUUGUAGCCGGCCAGCUGCGGCGCCGGUGCUCCCUAGUGCGUCCCUCCAUCACACCACGGUUCGCCAUCACCUGCAGCGAACGACUCCUGAACGGGCUCGGCAAGAUCGCCAACCAGCACCAGUUGCACGUGCAGACGCACCUCAACGAGACGCUGCCGGAGAAGGCGCUGGUGGCCAAGCUGUUCCCGGCGGCGCACAGUUACACGGACGUGUACCAGCGUGCCGGGCUGCUCGGUCCCCGCACCGUGCUCGCCCACUGCCUGCACCACGACGAGGGCGAGCUGCAGAUCAUGGCCAACUCGGGCGCCGGCGUGGCGCACUGCGCCAACUCCAACAACUCGCUGCGCUCCGGCCUGUGUGACGUGCGCAAGCUGCACGAGGCCGGCGUCAGUGUCGGGCUGGGCACAGACAUGUCUGGCGGCUACCACCCGUCGGUGCUGGACAGCGUCCGUGCCACGCUGCACACCUCUAACGUGCACGCAAUCCACCGGGACGACUACGAGGCGCUCACCUUCCGAGACGCCUUCCGAAUGGCCACGCUCGAGGGCGCCAGGGCCCUCGGACUCGACGACAUCAUCGGCAACUUCGAGCCGGGAAAGCAGUUCGACGCGGUGGUGGCUCAUGUGGGUCACGAGGAGUCAAACGUGGACCUGUUGACACCGCACUCACACGACGAGCUACUGCAGAAAUUCGUCUACCUGGGAGAUAGUCGUGACAUCUGUGCCGUCUACGUGGCGGGCCGUCAGGUGGUCUCCAAUCCGACUCAGGAAUGGAGCAAGAGCGGCGGCGCCUGAUCACAGUCAGGUAACAGACAGUUGCUGCCUUUACGGUCAGGAAAGGACCAACAACGGCAGUGCCUGAUCGGAGUCGGGCUACUGGUGGUCUCCGGUUUACAGCCGGACUGAACCGGGUCACGUCAGGCUGCUGGCGAGCCUGGAUGAUGACGAGGUAAACACGCUCAGUAGGGGGUGUCACGGUAUAUGAAACAGACUUAUGAUAAAUGUUUAGUCAGUGACAUGUAGAUUUAGAAGGCCCAAGGAACCCCACUGUCGUAGUCGAGUGGGUAUGUUUAAAGGUAAUGUCUCGGAUUUUGAAUCUCAAACCUACAUAGAACUGAUGUUUGCAUAUGAGUUAUCAUACAUAACUGAUUAAGAUUUGUUCAACCUCCAGUCUUCAUCUAUUCAUUCAUUGUUUGUGUUUCGUCAAUGACUUAUGCUGUAGGUAGUUUGGUUGUGGAUAAAGCUGACUAUCCAAGCUAGUUAACAAAGACUUAUGGAAAAUAUAUGACUAUUUUACCGGUACUUAUGGCAGGUAUAAACAUGUCCGUUAAUAACAAUAAAUAAACUCAUGAAGAUGUGCGUUUAUCAA